CCCUUCUAUCGAGGGCACGUCCAGGUGUGUUUGUACCUGUGAGGACUGGACGCUGUCAGAUAUCCCAGAAUACAUUUCAAACGGAGGUAAAGCAGUGAUGGACGAGAGGCCGCGAAACUGAUGAGCAUGGAGUCCCGUCCAGGAGAAACUGCUGGAGUUAAAGCAGACCUGGAAAACACUGACUUUGGUGCAGCAGCUGCACCAAGAAGAUUAAAGCAAAGGAACACGCCGCUAAAUGUUGCCAUCACAGGAGAGUCGGGUUCUGGGAAAUCUACUUUUAUUAAUGCUUUCAGAGGUGUCGGUGAUGAAGAUGAGGGCUCUGCACCCACUGGUGUUGUGGAAACCACCUCACAGGUUACACCGUACCCCCAUCCAAAGUAUCCCAGUGUUAUCUUGUGGGAUCUCCCUGGAAUCGGCACUACCAGAUUUCCAGCUGAUGAGUACCUGAAGCUUGUUGGAUUUGAGAAGUUUGACUUCUUCAUCAUCAUCUCAGACUCUCGCUUCAGAGAAAAUGAUGUGAAACUUGCUCAGGAGAUUCAGAGGAUGAAGAAAAAGUUCUACUUUCUUCGGUCAAAGGUUGACAAAGAUAUACGAGCCGAGAAAAGAACCCGGAGAGAGUUCAACGUGGAGAGGACGCUUUCAACCAUCAGGAAGAACUGCACCCAAGGACUGAGAGAUUUAGGCAUCGAGUCUCCGCAGGUCUUCCUGGUGUCCAGCUUUGAGCUCCACCUGUACGACUUCCCUCUGUUACAUGAGACCCUAGAGAGAGAACUUCCUGAACACCAGAGAGAUGUUCUGCUGUUUGGUAUAUGCAACAUCAUCAGGAGGAAGAAAGAAGUUUUUCAGGCCCAAAUAACACUCUAUGCUACUCUGUCUGCAGCUGUACGUACAGCACCUCUGGGGAUUUCUGCUGUGGUUGACAGCACCUUAAAGGCUGCUGUCACAGCUUAUGUAGCUGGGUUUGGUCUUGACAGCCCAUCUCUGAAGAGACUUGCUGCCAUCACAGGUGUCUCCUACACUGAUCUGUGCGCUGUCAUCAAUUCACCGCUGGCCACAAACACCAUAACUGCAGAUCUUAUCCUGAAUGAGUUGACGACACUUCCAAGCACAGCUAAAAUAAUGGGAGCAGAUAACGUGUGCAGGUUCAUUCCACUGUUUGGAUCCCUGCUGACAGCUGGUUUCUCUUUCACUAUAACCAGUCGAGCUCUGCAGUUUUUCCUCAGUGAGCUCGCCGAUGAUGCUGAGAGGGUGUUUAGAAGGGCUCUGAGUUUGACCACCUCAGUGUGGUAUUGUUAAAAACAAGCAAUCCUCACGAAUUUCACCAUUUUUAGACGAGCUGUAAACUGGAGGAAAACCAGUGUUUCUCUGAGCUGUGGGUCGUUUGGUGUUCCAUAUCACUCUAUAUCUGGAAAAGUGCAGCAGUUUCCCCUCUCAUCCAAGAGAUUUGCUUCUAUCAGCAUCCACUGGUCUGUUUGUUUGUUCAGGUAGAUCAUCGCAGAUGAAAGUGGAAAAAGAUUUAGAGAUCCCAGAGUGCUGCGUGUUCCCAGAGUACGAGCUAAGUGACCGACAGCAGGCAUUCAGAUAAAAACCAAAUGUCAGCUCUUCUUUGGAAACAAGGUUGUACAUCAACUGUUUACAGUGCAGCUGUUUAAUCAUUGUGGAGCUUUUUCACAUUCUUUGUGUGUCUGUUAAAAUCUGCACUUUGUAUAUGAGAAAAAGCGUUCUGUUCUCUGUCGAGAUGAUCCCACACUGCUUCAGUAAUGUUGAGGUCCAGGCUCUGGAGAGACCCAUCCAUGACUGAUAAUCUUCCAUUGUGUAGUUUUUUUUUUUUGUUUGUUUGUUUUUGCUUUUACUGUACUGGUAGAGUUUUUGAGAUCAUCGUAAUACUGAGAAAUGAAGCUGUGGUCACUUCAAAUUAUGACGUUACUUUUGUGACCCGAUCCCAAACACCACUGGCUAAACUUCAUAUCUACCUAAGUACAAUCUCAUUUAAUAUAUUUCAGUGUGUUUGUGAGUCUUUAGCACACACAAAGUUAGUGAUGGACGAUGACCUGUACUGUUUAUGUUUUGCGUGCUUCCCUUAGGCAACAUUAUUAGAAGAUAUAUAUACAGUCCCGAAGUUAAAGACCACCUGAAAAAUGGCAAAAAAUCAUAUUUUGCAUGGUUGGAUCUUAACAAGGUUCCAAGUAGAGCUUCAAAAUGCAAUAAGAAGAAAUAGGAGUGAGACAAAAAAAAAUUUUGAGCGUGCGAUUUGUUGAAAACAACACUUAAACUGAAACAGGCUGUUUUACAGCUGAUCAAAAGUUUAGGACCACACCUCCACAAAAAUCUGUAAACCCUAAAAUAAAAGUUCCAAACAUGAACUCAGUAAUGAGGAGCUCCACCAUUAUUGUUGAUCUCUUCAAAAAUUUGUAGCGGCAUGCUUGAUGCAAGCGUCUCCAUGAGGUGAGUGGGAACAUUUCUCCAAGUGGUGAAGAGCCGGCUCGAGGGUUGGUGUCCUGGGUCAACACACCUAAAUCAGAUGAUUAGUUCAUUCCCAGGCCUCUGGAGAACUUCAAGACAUGUUGAGGAGGUCAUUUAACCAUUUAAAUCAGCUGUGUUGGAUCGAGGACACAUCUAAAACCUGCAGGACACCGGCCCUCGAGGCCUGGAGUUGCCCACCCCUGGUCCAAACAGUCACCUCUGUGACGUUCAAGGAGACGAGGCCUUGAAGACGUUUUUUGUUUUUGAAGCCCUUUAGCCUCAGAUGCCCACUGAUGGUUAUGGGGCAACAGUAACGGCCUUAAUUUGGGUCGAGGUUCAUCCAGUGUCUUGACGGACAGCCAAUUGGAUCCUCCGGCUCAGUGCUGGUGACAUUUUUUGGGUCUUCCACUUGACUUUUUUGUUCCAUAACCCUCAGGAUCAUUUAAGAAAUUGCAAAUGACUGUUUACUGCGUCCCACCUCAGAGAGGAGCAGUUCAACAACCCAACCACGUUCAAAAAGGGAACGUUUUUUGCCUUCAGAAUGUAAUAACAGUGGUACUACUGACAGAAAAUGACAAUGAAUCCACAGUUUUGCACAAAUUUGGACUUUUUAACCUUGUUAAGAUCUAAACAUGCAAAAUAUGAUUUUUGACAUUUUUCAAGUGAUCUUAAACUGUAUUUUCAUCAUUUUGCACAUGAUUCCCUGUUAUAUUUAUCUUUGAAGCCAAAUCACAUAAAUGUCUGAAUGAAUUGUAUUUUUAAAUUCAGAAAAGAACCAAGGUUUCCAAAUUUGUCCCUAAAAAAUCAGAUUCGGAUCCCAUUUCCUCUCCUUCCAGUAACUCUAAGGAACGUUUAACCAUCGACUUUCAGUGCACAUAUUUAAAAGAUAUGUAGGACUGCUUUCUUCCAUUUGCACGAUAUCUUUAAAAUUAUAAACAGCCUGUCUCAGAGUGAUGCUUACGAACUAGUUCAUGCAUUUAUUACUUCUUGGCUGGACGACUGUAAUUCAUUAUUGUCAGGAUGUGCUCUCUCUCAGCAUCUCGAGUACUGAAGGGGACUAAAGUAGAGAUCAUAUUUCCUCUAUACGA